AUGCAACAUCGAGAAUUAGCUUCAAUGCGAGGGUUAAACGUGUGCUACAUGACUCGCCGUAACUGUACUAUUCUUAAAUACAAGUUCCUUGCUAUCUUUCUCUCAAUAGUGUUAGGUAUUGCUAUAUUCCUACGCACUUCGUUUAGCAAUUCUGGUAAUGAAUCAUUCAAUUCUGCAAAACUGGGACAAGCUCUAAGAUCAGAUAUUGAUGUAUUGUUCUCAUUGGCAACACCCAACUCUUAUGAUACAACUCCAUACAACAAAAACAACCUGCUUCCACCAUUUUUUCGCUAUACUGAGAAGUUUGAG